AUGACAAAGUUUGUCUUUUGUAUUAACUAUAAAACAGUUCCUGGAUAUUCUGUUGCUGUUGUUGGGUCAUGCAAAGAACUUGGUGAAUGGGAACAUGGUGCCAAAAUGACUUGGACGCCGAGCAACAAUUGGAGGAUCGAGUUAGAAGUUACGAAUUUACCGUUUGAGUACAAGUACCAAAUCAUUGACAGUUCCAACCGUGUCAUGAUAUGGGAGGCAACACAAAAUAGACUGUUCCAAUCGUGUUUAGCCAUUGACCAAAGCCGUUCGAUAAUUAUUAAUGACGUAUGGGAACAGCCGUCGAAUACUCACUAUGAAACAAAGAAAAAGGAAAACGUGGUGGCGCUCAAAAGAGCGAAUAGUAAAGACUGGGACGGACCAUCAAAUUGA